AAUACUUGGAUUCAAGAAAGGAGGGGGGUUCUUGCAGAAAUUGCUAGAAACAUCCAGGUCUAAACACACACACGCUCUCUCUCUCUCUCUGUCUCUCUCUCUAUACUUUUCAUUAUUUCAAUUCAAUAAUUUCAUGUACUUGACAAGAAGGGAAAAGAAGAACAAAACCUAGGCGGUGAAAUGCCAGACGAUGCCAUGGACAGUACGGACACCGAUAUGAUGGAGUCGGAGACGCCGCCGACGAUGACUUCGAACUCCGGCCAAGGCGACGGCGGUGGCGGCGACGUCAGAGGGUUACUCUCAAUGGCUCGCCAACUCAUCGACCAGGGAAAGCCUUCUCAGGCUCUCCAAGCGGUGGUGAUGGCAAUGAGAACCCAAGGUGGAGACGGGGCUGUGUCUCAAGUCCUGAACCGUGCACAGGAACUAUACAGAAACAGACUGCAAGCAAGUGCUGCUGCUGAUCAGUUGGCGUCUUUGUUUGCUGAGUGCGCAAUUGCUGAAGCCCUUCCUUUGCAGACCGAACCAUCUCAACCGAACACAGAGAACCUACCUAUGGAGCCUGAUGCACAUGGAACUUCUAUACUGAGUGAGACUGGCAGGAAGCAAAUCAUGAUGGAUGCAUUUUCAGACGGAAGCAGCUUCAUCUGUUUGCAGUGUGGUGGUCUCGUUAGUAACCAUCGCAAAGACGAGCACUAUGCAUAUUGGUGUUGCAAAAUCUGACUGUGGUGUGAUGCAGAUAUAUGCGAGUCCUCAAGUGCAUGAUUGACAUAAUGUGUCUAUAAACCAUACCAGUAUUCUCAACUGCCUACUUGCUCUUGAUUCUGGGUCUUUUUACCAGUCAUGUAUUGCAUACUUGGUCUUUGACAGGCCAUUUGAGUGGCUGAUAUAGGAUUUGAACCUCAUGCAUUUGAUGAAGUCAAUGGAGUAAUUUGCGAAGAUGUCUUCCCCUGUAAGAGUCUUAUAAACAUUGUACCUUUUUAGUCAUUACAAUUGUUACAGUAUAAGAAUAUGAGCAAUAAUGUGAAGUGUUCUUUAUGUUUUCGAA